UUUGUUUGUUCUUUUGGUAUCUUCUUUUCUCUUGAGGUUAGUAACAGUCAUAUUUACUUCACACACAAAGACUCUGACACACAUAUACGUACCAAGACAAGGAAAAGAGAACAGAAAACUGCUUGGGAAAAAGGUCUUCUCACUCAUACACAGAGACAAACACACAUUUCUCUCAUUCCCCUUAUUUCCCAAAACUUCCUUUUCUACCCUAGCUCCACAUGGGAAACCCAUUCACAGACACAAGGCAUCUGCUGCUAGCAAGAUGGGUUUUCCUGUUUGAAGCUACUCAAUUUUACAGUUUUUUUCUUUAGGUUUACAACAACGACUUACAACAACAACCCAUCUUCUUGAGAGUUUUCCUGAUUAUGGUUCCCUGAGGUUCUCGAUUUGACGGCCACUCAAAACUCUUAACACCAGUUUGCUUCCCUUCAGGCUGGCCUUCCCCCUUGCGGGAGUAAGGGACCUCAACCUUUCGGGUCUGCACUCCUCUGGACUUACCAGUGUUCCCAGAACACAGCCCUCACACUUACACAGCCGUUAUCACAGAAAUCCUCCCACAAUCGCUCUCCUGACCACCCAGGUACAAUUGCAUGCUUCCCUCCUUCGGGGCAAAAGUUCCUUACCUGGGCCAGUGCACUGGGUUACCUGGUCUGGGCUUCAGUUGUUGACUUUCUUCCUAUUUCCUGUCCUUUGAUUUUUGUAAACCAGAGUUGUCAAUUUAGUUUGGCUCGGAGCCUGCAAAGGGAAACUAGAUCUCAGAUAACUUCAGGCAGUUGAAAUCAACAGGCGCGCUCCUGAUUUUACUGAGAACAGUGUCCCCUAGAAGCUCUUAAUGCCCGCAUUCUCCACCAAGAUUGUGAGAUGUAAAAACCCCAAAUUUUGAUACUCACAAUACGAAGACAAGUCUGGUUAACAAAACAAAGGUUUAUUGGAGAAUAACAGAAACAGAAUAAAAGAGAAAAGAGAAAGAAUAGAAGAGAGGAGCGUUUGCAAACGCGGCCCCCUGGAUCCUUCCCUAUGGAUUGGAUUCCAGGAGCACACUGGCCUGGUUUCAGGUUUUGCAUUUUAUAGCCCUACAAUGCAUUGUCACAUCUCUUUCAUCUUAGUGGUUUUCUCUGAAGUGGUACUUUGUUAACCUGACCUCUUCCGUCCAUCUGCUGUUAUCUUUUUUAUCUGGAAUUCUCACUUUGGGUUAAAAUCCCCUUCUUUGAUAGUAGGAUUUCCACUUAAAGUGUAAUUUCCUAUGUCCGGGAGAUUUUUAGGCAGGAUAUAGUAAACAUUUGGUCAUAUAUUGGCAUUGCAUUGUUACAUUUGUGUUACAGCAUUACAUUAGUACUAAAGAGACAGUUUCAUAUAAUGGCAUUACAUUUCUACAAUUAUUUCUACAAUUAUUAAAAGAAUAACUUUUAUUUCCUUAAUUUUUAUUUCCUUCACCUACAACAGUAAUUGAUGGGGCCAGUCUCCCACUAAACGCCUGCAAAGCAAAGUCAGUGUGUCUGUUUGGCAGACAGCGUUUCAAAGAAGGGUGAUUCAGAUGCAUUGUUUUGUUAAUUUGCUGUUAAUUCUGCAAGUAGCCACUGCAUGACAAAGUUUAUCUGCAUAUUGACAAGCAUCUGCUGGCAAGGAUUCAUUACUAGUCAAACUCUGCAUGCUAGCCAAUGUUUUAAAGAAAAGUAAAAGUUAUAAAGUGCCUUGUGUUUGUUUGGAUGCUUCUGCUAAAUUUGCAUUAGGAGCUGUUUACAAGCCAACGUUUAAGUCAAAGAGAUAUUGUGCUGUCUAUCUCAGGAAAAGUUUAGCCUUCUUCAGCCACUUUCAAAACAGUUGUUAAGGUCGUUUGCAUGUAUCUCCGUUCAAGAGAAGAAAGCAGUUGUGUAUUCCUAUAGCUCUGCUCUUUCUGUGGCUUUUCACAUUUGAAAGGAUCAAAGGAGUUGUGAGCGGCAACCCCCCUUCCCCCUUCCUCUGCAGGCAAUUCGUCUUGAGGCAAUGGUUUCAAAAGAUUGUCUGUGAACUCAACUCAGUAUCCUUGUUCAAAUAGUUUGCUCUCAGGAACAUUGCUUCCUUGAAUUCUGUAGGCAGCUAAUUUGCCAAAGGAGAUGUUAUUCAGUUGCAAGAAACCUUUCUAUUACAAGCAAUAGAGCCAUUAGAUACCUUAGCAACCAGGCCAAAUUCCUCAUCACUAAGGAAAGCAAUUAAGCAAUUAAGCUCCUCUCACAGACACAGCACUGGUGGAAAAGCUAAACUUCCCCCUCCUUUUGGAAUUUCAACCAUUCCAAUUGGGAAGCCAGUGUUCCAAUAGCAAUGCAGUAGCGUCCCCUGGUGGCCAAUUUGUUUUUCCUUCAGCAAUCUACAUGCUGGAUUACGACUUGAUAAUUAAUUCAGCCCCUAGCAGGCUCAUACCAAGCCAAGCUAAGAGAACCCCUUAGAGGGAAAGAAGGUACUUCACUGCAUGCUUCGCUAACUACGUAGAGUAAAUCUAAUAGUUAAAGAGCAAGUUACUUAAAUUUAUCCCAAGCUACCAACACCCCUAGAGGGCACAGAGUGAACUUUGCCAAAGUAUUCACUCACUCAAGCUGACGACCAAGUUGUUCCAGUUUGAGGGAAAUUAAGGAGAAGAACAAGCACAACCAAUUGUCCUUGCCUAUUAUCACAGCUGAUGACUAAGGGGUUCCAGCCUGCAACUUAACGGCCAAGUGGGAGUUUGUAGCUCUACAUUUUCGCAGUGGCCACUAGCAGUAACGUGGUAAUAAGAGGAAUUUUGGCUAGCCUUUCUUCAGUCACCCCCUAGUGGUUAAAGGAGGAACUACAUGUAAGCCUUUAAUCACGCCCAGAGCCAGCCCUCUAGUGGACAAAGGGUGAACCUCGAAGGAAGAGCACCUUGGUAGCUGACACGCAGCGAGUGACCCCUAGUGGUGAAGGGGUGGAUUGCGCUGAAGUACCCACAAAUGCAGGAGAACGCACCCAGUGACGCCUCAACCCACAGACAGCACCCCAGCAGCUGAUCUACAAGCAACAAUUCCUAGUGGUCAAAAUUUGCUUUAAAAUAGCUAGGAAGCGUACUAAACCUGUCCUAGCCAUGGCAGAGCAUCUCAUUGAUUUAGAUGAAGGGGUUCAAUCAGCCAGCCUAGAUGAGACACCCCAACCAGCCGGUCAAGGAAAAAUGCUGCAAACAGCCAACCUUGACCUGCACACAGAGGCUGUAGCUCAAGCCUCAGUGAAGCCAAAAACAUUUCAGGGUCACUAUGAUCUGAGACAACAAAGAAAGCCCACAGAAGCCAUGCACUCACAUCUGAUGGAGAAAUGGGACACCAUCCACAAACGCCAUGAAAGAUGCUGGGAGAGAUUAUACAAACUCUACCAAGAACAGAAGAAGGAAUUCUCCUCAGAACAUGCGCACGCAGUGGAAGGAGUUAAGGAAGACACCUAUGUGCAAUGGAUGGACUCUGAACGGCAACGCAAGGACAUUCAGGAACAAUUAAGAGACUCAAGAGUCAAUAGCGAGAUGCAAAGACUCAAGCUACUAAACGAGGAACGUAAGAAGCUUCUAGAGAGCUCACAGGGUUCCCCACAGCCCGAGCAUCACCAGAGAGGCAGAUCGGUCAACAGGGCCGAGUCUGAAGUUUCCCGCUCCUCAUAUGCACCAUCACAACGGGCACAUGUGGCUCCAUCUCGCGUGUCUGAAAAGGCCUCAUCCUUUUGCCAUAUCUCCAAGACGCAUUCCAGCGUGUCACAACAAUCUCAUGUCAAAGACGCCUCCUGCCUUUCGAAAGCAUCUUCCCGCCAUAGCCGAGCAUCCAGAAUUUCACAUGCAGAGCAAGUAAUCAUCGAUGUUAAAGCUGCUGAAGCAGUCUUUCACGUAGCACAAGAGGAGCAGCAGAAAAAGAAGGAACUGACAGCUAUAGAACUUGAAGAAGCCGAAAUAGAGGCCAAGCUAGAAGCUGAAGUGAUCAAAAUGAAGAACGAUCGAGAAGCCGAAGCAAUCAAAAUGAAGAACGAUCAAGAAGCUGAGGGUUGCCAGAGUGAAGGCCGAUCGAGAAAAUGAACCAGCUCAAAUGGAGGCCAAAAGAAAAGCUAUAGCAGCUAAAAUGAAGGCCAAAAGAAAGGCCACUCAAGACGAGCUUGAGUUUCUUCAAAGCCAACAAGAUAUGGCAGACAAAAUGGCUAGAGUGGAAGGCCUUCAGAGAACAUUCCAGCAUACCAUUUUCCUGCCCAAUAGGGAACAACUGGAAAAUGUAGAGCGGCAUAGCAGCAUACAGGCCUACGUGGACAACCAAAGCGUGUUUCAGAGUGGGCAGGUGAGAGCGUCAUAGCCGGCCACAAGCCCCCCAAGACCGAGUAGACGAACAGAAGAAUCUCAAUGACCAGAUGCGCCAGUCAGCCAGAGAGUUGAUGUCACAACACCUAGGUCACGAGAUCUUCCCACCGUUGCUGCCCCAUUGAACCCACUGAACCACACCCUCGAUGGUAACCAGAUGGGUCCACCAGCAAUGGCAACAGCUACACAGUGGGCAGUGCCACAAGAUCUUUCCACCAUUGUUGCCCCACGGAACCCACCGAACUAUACCAUGAUGGCAAUCGGAUGGAUCCACCUGCAGAGCCAACAGUCCUACAGCAGAACCAGCCGUCACUCAGGGAAGAAUUGAAAGAGCUCGAGCCACACUAGAGUCCCUGCUGCGCCAACAGGAGGCAGCGUCCCAAGGAACUGCCACCAGACCUGACCACAGAGGAGAGUCUUGAGCACCAGCCAUGCCAGCCCACCAGGGAGGCAGCUAUACUCCACCAGAAAGACAGACCCUCCAACAAGUAAGCACGCAGGAACUUGGGUCCCCACAGCUCAAUGCCAGAGCAGAGGAGUUCAGACCAAGCCAACAUGGUCCCUCACACGUGACAUGGCAAAACACCCUCAGCCAACAAUAUGCUGAAGGAAGUUAUCAGCCAGCCAUAGCACACACCCCCGCUUCCGGAAGGGAUGCACUACCUCCACCAAGCUACAGCCCACACAUGGGAUCGAUGCAUCCCCCAAUGUAUGUUGGAAGAAGGUUGGACUUGGCAGCCAGAGGCGUACGAAGAUUCUCCGACAAACCUGGAAAAGACUACUUAUUGUGGAAGCACAUCUUCAAGCGUGCCAUCAACGAAGAAAGGGCUGGACCAGAUGAGGAACUUGUCCAGCUGACAGCCUAACUAGGCCCAAAAUCCAUAAUCACUGUGAACAACAUCUUCGCAUCCCAUUUGGGCGACCCUGACAUUGGCCUUGAAAAGACUUGGGACACACUUGACAAGGACUACGAUGAACCCACAGUGAUGGAGUCCUCGCUUCUGGACCACGUUCUCAGUUUCCCCAACAUAAGAAUCUAUGAACGUCAACAGCUGAAGACUUUCUUGUCGCUCAUUACUCAACUACAGACAGCACAACAGGAUCCUACCUUGCCUUGACCUGUUUAGGACACAAAAUCCUAUCAUCCAAAAACGGUUGAUAUGUGAACAAUGGAUCGAGCUUUCUCGAGCUUACAGGAAAAGCAACCAAAACAAAAUUUCCCCCUUUGCAGUUCUCGCUGAAUUUAUCAGUGACCAGGCUGAUCUCUACAACGACCCCCUAUACCUCUCCAUCAGAGAAACACACUUCCCAACAACCAAGCGAAGCAGUCAAAACUCUGAUGUAGUCAAGGGACCCAUCCAAGCUACGAAGGACAGAACCACCUUUUCAGUGUACAAAACAGACAUCACGCCUCACCCAAAGAAGAUUCCCGACGAACGAACACCAAGGAGUUCUUAUUCGAAUCUUCGUCCACUAAGAAAGGGCCUGACUUGUCCAAUUCAAAAGUCCUCACACUCUCUAAACGACUGCAGAGAAUUUAGGAAAAAAUCCCUAGAUGACCGAAAGACCCUACUCAAAGAGAAUAGGAUAUGUUUCAAAUCCUGUGACUCUAUGGAGCACAUGGCCAAAGAUUGUGCAGUCAGGGUGAAAUGCCACCUGUGUGACAGCAACAAGCACCCAGCAGCCUUACAUCUAGAAACUAAGAAGCCUUCUGAGGAGACACAACAAGCGACUUCGAUGACAGAGACUCAAACUGACUCUGAAAAGCAGCCAAAACAGUAUGGAACAUACUACAGAGAGAUAUGCGGCGACUCACCAUGCCCUCCUUCAUGCUCACCCGUCUGUCUUGCAAAAGUCUACCCCAACGGGCAACCUGAAAGGGCCGUAAAGAUGUACGCCAUACUAGGCCCACACAGCAAAGUUACUAUAGCUAAGCCCGCCUUUUUCGACCUCUUCGACCUCCCGAGUGAACUGAAGCAUUUUGCAAUAAAUACAUGCACAGUACCAAUGCGCACGGUGGGGACGAAAAUCACUGGUCUACACAUAGAAGCAAUAGAUGGAAGUUUACAUUUCCAGUUACCUUCAGUGUUACAAUGGGAGACCUUACCAGAUGUUUGCAGCGAAAUCUCAACACCAGAAGCAGCAAGAAAAAUACCUCACUUAGCACACAUAGCCGAUUUAAUCCCUCCUCUAGAUCCUGAAGCUGAAAUCCUACUCAUGGUGGGAAGAGAGGCCCCAGAGUCCAUUGGCUCCGAUGAAAGAAUCAAAGGUCCACCAGGAACCCCAGUAGCCAUUAAGAUGGAACUCGGAUGUGUUGAUCAAUCGCAAACCCCAACCCAGGUGAAUAUCUCAAAAAUCUCCAUUCCCAGUAAUGGAACAGCAUCUCACCUAAAACCACACCUAGAACACUGCACACUUGUGACAACCAAACCUGUUUUGGAAGCAACAGUGUUCCAACCACACCUAGAACACUGCAUGCUUGUGACA